AUGUCCGACCUUUCUCAAAAAUUCGAGAGGGAUGGUUUCGUGGUGAUUGAGAAUGUGUUCAACGAUCACGAAAUUGAGGAAAUGAAAGGGGCGAUUGCCAAAAUUGUGGAUGAUAUGAAUCUGGCGGAGCUCCCGAAGAGUGUGUUUUCAACGUAUGAUGAGGAUAAGGUAAGUACUGGCCAUGAAGAAUGUAGUGAAGAAGAUAUGGAAGGGGCGAUAGCAGAAAUUGUGGAUGAUAUGAAUCUGGCGGAGCACCCAAAGAGUGUGUUUUCAACAUAUGAUGAGGAUAAGGAAGGUGCCGUUGACAAGAAUGGAGAGCUUACGGUUCCAAAAGACAAGGCACUCAAUAAAAUUGGACACGGUCUUCAUUUCCUUGACCCAACUUUCAAGAAGAUGACAUUCAACACCAAGAUUCAAAAAAUCUUCGAGGAAAUCGGAUACCAGGAGCCUGAAGUCGUUCAAAAUUCGGCUAGUGCAAUAACUCAAUCAAUUUCGGAUGAAAAAACUACGGAAAUGAAGUCACCAUGGAAUGCGAGGAUUAAAAAGAAUUUCAUGGCUUCUUCGGCUUUUUACAUGGAAACAUUAUUAGAGUAUCGAACUACUCUUCAACUCCAUUACCAACACCACCGACUGCAACGAUUCAAAGAAGCUGUUUGGAGAGGAGAGGAGCUGCAUGUUCGAAAAGGAGGCGAAGCUCAUGAGGACGGAAAAUAA